AUGGAAAUAAAGUCAUAUGGCCAGGAAAAUGUAUCAAGGUGGGCUGGGCUCAAGCAUUUCAUGAACAUCACAAUGGUUGAAUAUGCAGACGGUCAAGUAUUCCUUGACAUAUUAAAGCAUGUUUUGAACGACUAUGAAAAAGACUUCAACUUUAGUAAGCAAUAUGCCGUCAGCCAUAUCCUCAAAGAAAUUUGGCAGAAAGGCGCAACCAACAAUUAUGACACACAAGUCAGUGAAGGAUUUCACCAAGGAGCACAAGAAGCCUAUGAGCAGACAAACCGCAAAGACACUGAUGGCAAGGAGGACAUUGAAGAAGGCAAGAACUUUGAGCAGCCUCCCGCUGAGAGGCAUUGGACACUAGGCUCUCCAACAAACCUGACAAGCUCAGAAGUUAUAGGGCUGUUACGCUUGGAAUGUACAAGCCUGGUAACAAGGGGGUUUCCUGGUGAUGCAGCGGUUUCUGAUAAGCCCGUGGGUAACAGGUUUGAGAUGUAUUCUGAUGAUGAGGAGGGUUUUACUGAAUGA